AUGGGCACGGGCAUUGUUUCGAUUCUUCUUCACAACUUGCCAUAUAAUGGUACAUGGCUAUAUUGGAUUUCAGUUGUUGUCUUUGCUUUUAAUGUGUUUCUCUUUGCUUUGUUUAGCCUUAUUUCCCUGGCUCGGUACACAUUAUUUCGAGGUAUCUGGACGGCAAUGCUGAACCAUCCUACGCAGUCGUUAUUUCUCGGCACAUUUCCCAUGGGACUUGCAACUAUUAUUAAUAUGAUAUGCUUUGUGUGUGUUCCCGCAUGGGGACAAUGGGCUGCUAUUUUGGCAUGGACCCUUUGGUGGAUUGAUGCUGCCAUCUCACUUGCAAAUAAUAUGUAUUUGCCGUUUGCUAUGUAUUGA